AUGGAACAUUUGCUUUAUAGAGAGCUCCUCAAAAGAGCACCGCCUUUAAUCUGGACUGAAGCAGUUUCCCUUGCUAUCAUCAACAUAAUGGCCAUCUCCGGUAACAUCUCUGUUUGCUACGCCGUGUAUAGAAACCAGAGACUUCGUUCGCUAGCCAAUAUGUUUGUUAUAGCACUGGCUGUUAGCGAUUUAUUAGUAUCUGUCUGCGGUAUGCCUCUUUCAAUUGCUACUCUCGUUCAAGGCAGAUGGAUAUUCGGGCCUACUGUUUGUCGACUGCAGGGCUUUGCAAUUUUAACGUUUUCGAUAUCAUCUCUACUUACUAUGGGGGUCAUUGCAGUUAGCCGAUAUUUUUGCGUGGUGAAACCAACGAGGUACAUUGUAUUAUUCCGGAGGCAAAGAAUUUUAAUAUACACUGCGGCAGUAUGGUGUUUGUCUCUCAUUGGUUCAGUGCAACCACUAAUUUUUCAGACAGGCGGAUACACUUUCCAACCAGGAAAAGCAAUGUGCAUGUACCCAUUCCAAAGUAACAUUGCUUAUACCGUCUUCAUCGAAUGUGUGUUUGUCGCUGCGCCCUUUACACUCAUCACUUUCUGCUACGCCAAAGUGUUCUACACAGUGUCAAGAUCAAAUCGUGUUUUCACACAAGAAAAUAACCCUGAACAGCUCAGAGCAAACGUCGAAGACGCCAAAGUGACCAAGACAUUAGCCUUGGUCAUGGCCAGUUUCUCACUGUGCUGGCUUCCUAUCUGUAUUACGGAUUACAUCGACGCCGCUCGCGGGGAGCCCACUUUGCCAAGACAGAUGUACCUUACUUACGGGUUUCUGGCCUACUUAAGUAGCUCUAUUAACCCCUUUAUAUAUGGCGCUACCAACAGGCGCUUUAGACGAGAAUACAAAAUGAUUUUGAAGAAGAUUAGUGUCAUCUUUUCUUGUGGACGUUGCAGUUGGCGGGCACAGAACCGAACGUCAGACCUUUCAAAUUCAGCGGCGACGGAGCUGUAA